AUGACCUCUCAAAACAGACGCUCGUCCGAUGACCUGAAUAUUCCUUACAUCCGCGAACACUCCUCGCCAGCGUUGUCUUCGUUGUCGUCGUCGUCGCCGUCGUCGUCUUCGCUGUUAUAUGCGCGUCCACGUGCCCCCACUCUCUUGGACGACCUUGUAUCGUCUCCCCAACCAACUUCUGCCGAGGCAAAAAAUACAUCCUCUUCAUCCCCAGUUCCUUCAUUUACCGACCCAUCGUGGAAUACACCCCUCUUUCACUCACCAUCAACCUCAGAACCACCUUUCUUCCCUGACCACAUUUCAUCCGCUGCCUUUGCCCGGCCUCCAAAGGCUUCUAUGCCGCUCCCAGAUCCCUCGCAAUUCCCAGAUCCCUAUCCAUUUCGCCAUCCCCAUCACCACUUGACUUCUCUUCCUGCCCUUUCAUCUGCUGGUUCGUCCUCUACUUCGACCCGUUCCUCCGCUUACACAAGCUCUGGGAGUGGCUUGCUCUCGGGGGACUACGGCCAUAUUCAUGUCGCGUCGGGUGAAGACGAAAGUGCGAUCACCUCUGAAGCUGUCGUCCAGAUGUUGGCAAGUGAUCCUGCUGCGUCCCCAUCUGCCCGUGGUCCACUGCCCAGGACAACUGCUCCUGAUUAUUCACGCUGGUCCGAAUCUUAUUCAGCUAGCGUCCGGUCGCGAUCGUCAUCCUUUGGCAAUAAUAUCCCCAAUGGUGGCCACGAGAGUUCUGCUCCUGCGUUGCAACAAAAGCCUAGCUACGACAUUAGCUGGACAGUGGACGAAAAAGAUGAGACAGGCAUUAGCGAAGACGAGACCGAUGACGAACCCGCCCUUGACGAUGUCGAAGGAGAUGUCGACGAGACUUUGGAGGAACGAACGUCGGCUGCUGUCGUCGCAGAAGAGGGUCGUGGGCUUAUUGUUCAAGCAGACAACGUUCCAGUUGUGCAGCUGCAAAUUCAACUUGGCACCACUCAUCUUUUAAUGGGGUCAUCGACUACACCUAACGCAGUACCAUCGUUUUUGACCGCAACACUCCCCAACAUCGCCACGACUCUUCUUGCCCUUGACAUUUCUGCCAAUUUUCUUGGGGCACUACCACCUGUCCUCGCUGUUUGCGAAAACUUGGAGGAACUAAACGUUGCUUCAAACCCUCUUCGCGUCUUGCCCGUCUUCCUCGCUGAACUCUCAAACCUCCGACUGUUGAUCGCAGAUUCAACUGGUAUCGGUACACUGCCUGAAGCACUGGUUGAAUUGGAGAAACUUCACACUGUGAGUGUACGGCGCAACAAAUUACAUGCCCUCCCCAGUUGGCUCUGCCUCCUCCCCGCAUUGCAGACAUUGUGUGUCGAUGGCAACCCAUUUCAAGGACCCUGGAGAGCAUUGGUUGAACCCCUCUUGGCGAAAACACCAAUGACACCUGUCUAUCCGCCGUCCACCCCAAUAUUUCCUCUUCCAUCCGCCAGCAUCCAAAGCUCACAUGAUGCCGAAACUGAUAAUACAGACAUUGAAGACUUGUCGGACCAUGACCCCUCUAGCCCUCAUGCACGAAAUCAUCUGCCGGAGGAAGAAGACCAUACUAUCACUCCAGAACGUGCUCCAUUCUUGGGAAGGUCUGUUACAGCACCUUUGCCCAAUGGACCUGAUAAACCGUCGAACAACAUUGCUAUCACGCAACCUAGGCCAUUAACACGGACAAGAACUACUCCUAAUCGAGCCUAUUUUGAUCAGACGCGUACGAAGAAGGUUGCUCCCAUGACGGACCUCCCUUCUCCGCCACCGAAACAAGGAGAGAACCCAGGUCACUUUCCCGACCAUGAAAUACGCAAGAUGAAGAGCGCUGGAGAUUUGCGGAGAGGGAGGUCGGCUACUGUUGCUCCGACCGAGCACAGUUCCAUGAGGCCUCCAUUAUCUCAUUAUCCCACGUCUCUCUCAAGUUCAAACCUUCUCAACAUGAAUCCUCCAACGCCUGAGCACCUUAGCGACAACAAGCGAUUCGCCAGUUUGGGUCGACCGCCGGCAGCUCCAUCAAGACCUCCCAUAAACGCAUCAAGGCCUCAACUUAGCAAAUCCCUAUGGAACGGCGAUCCUGACUCAAACAAUUCAGCUUCUCCAAAUUCAAAUCGAAUAUCCUUUACCCCGUCGACUGUGCCUUCAAAUCACUCAAUCACCACUGACACCACCGAAGGAAGGGGUUCAAUUCGCCGUCCUUCCACCAGAGAUGGUAAGGAGAAGGGCAGUCGUUGGGGCUUCUUGAAAAAGAUGUCAAUGGGGAAAAUGAAAAUUGACACCCCUUCACCAACUCCGAGUGUUGGAAACCGUGUUGGCGGCCUUCCGCGGCCACAUACUUCUGCAGGUCCAUCUGCGCGUGCUCUUGGUUCCACUUCCACAGCAUAUGAUCGAUCAAGCAAAUCACCACAGAUUGACGUGCGUUUUUCGACAACGGGGACCUUAGACGCACUUCCAGUCAUUUCCUCGCCCUCAAAUUCGCCCCCCCGAUUGAACAAACAGCCAUCGCGAGAUCUUCUGAAGGUCUCUAGUCCCCCUCCAACUCAGGGCUUUUUAUCACCACCAUUGGCACCCCCAAGAUCGACGAAACGACGGAGUUUUCUUCCCGUUGAAGCGCCUGGGACCCUAUCACUCAAUAUACCCAUCCCAGAGACAUCGGCGUUCGUUACGGGCCUUACCGCAUCAAAUGGCACUGAUGAACAACAUGAAAACAGAGCCACAACGCCGAGUCCGGCAAUAGACAGCGAGCAGUAUCUGCGUCGUGAAGAAGAACGCGCGCGAGAAGCUUACAUGCGAGCUUUGCGCUCUGUAAUGGCUUAUUUGAAGGAUAUGAACGACCUUGGAGCGUCGCAGCAAGCAAAUAUCCUGAGUAUGUACGGUGCGAGCGCCGACGAUCCCCCUCCUGUCCGCUCAAGGAGGCCGACUGUGACGGAUGGCUCGCGUGAGGUUUCAAUGGCUCUGAGCGGUUCCACUGCCGUUUCUUUGUCCGACGUUUCUGCCCAUCUCCGGCCCUCUGAUUCGAUAUCAGGGUUACGCAAUGGAACCAUAAGUCAGACUUUAAGCGUUGCUACGACUGACAGCAUCAGCUCUAUGGAAGAACGCAAAUUCAAAGACGACAAAGGGAAGCGAGCAAUGGUGAUCCGAGAGAUCGUCUUAACGGAGCGUACAUAUGUCAAGGGGCUUCAAGAGCUUGUUGACAUUUACAUCAAACCUGCCUCCAUCUCGGUGAAUCUCCUUAGCGGAGUGGGCUCAGGAAAGGAUACGGUAGUGCCAGCGUCAGAAAGAAAGAUCGUUUUCGGCGGAAUCGAUGCUUUGUUUUCUUUCCACAAAGAUAGCUUCCUCCCUGCCCUAGAGGUUGCUGCUGCACCAUUGAUGAAACCUUCCGCAGAAUUACAGGCUGUGGACCCCGAUGGACAAUUGUCGCUGAAUGUGGCUAAAGCUGUUGGCAACAUAUUUCUCAAGCACGCCGCAUUUAUGAAAAUGUACUCAAGUUACAUCAACAACUUUGACAGCUCCGUUCAAAGGGUAAAACAUUGGAGUGCUGACCGAAGCGCAGGGGGUAACGCCAGCCCUGCCUCCGCCAUAUCUCCAUCAUCCAGUACGGCCCAGCUUGUAGGUCUAGGCCUCAGCAUGGCUAUUGUCAGCCCGGCGGUUUUGGCGGAGAGUGGAGCAGCAGCAACAGGGGUUCCCAAUAUCUCUACAAGUCAGCGGAAGAGGAUCAAAUCGUAUCUCAAGAGAUGUCGCAUGAACCCUCGACAUACACAACUCAACUUGGAAGGAUAUCUUCUUCUUCCCGUGCAGCGAAUUCCCCGAUAUCGCUUACUUCUGGAAGAAUUACUUCGAAGCACGCCACCCACGUACGAGUACAUGGACGAUCCUUUGGAUCGGGCUCUUGCUGAGAUAUCCUCACUUGCCAACAAUAUGAAUGAAGGGAAGCGUGAAUCCGAAUCUCGCCGAAAACUUGUGCAGUGGCAAACCAGAAUACGCGGCAAGUUUCCGAGCCCUUUGGUCCAACCCCAUAGGCGUCUAAUCAUGGAUGGACCUCUUUUGCUGACCCGAGUUGUGCGAAAGGCAGUUGUAUCCUUUGAAGCGAUCAAUGCCCAAGGCGACGCAUCGACAGUCCAAGUUGACUGCCUUGCUCCAGAGCUGACACCACGGCCACUAGUUGGUAUUCUGUGUAAUGAUCUGCUGGUACUUUGCCGGGAUCCAUCAGAAGGAAAAGAUUCUACUUCAUACGUGGAUCUUUGGGCCGUUCUGAGGAUGCAGACUCUACCUCAACCCGCCAGUAUCGUCCACGGCAAUGCGCUUCGCCUCGUUGAUAACAAAGCGAUCCUGUAUUUCGAUGCUCCUUCACCAUCUGCUGCCUUGAACUGGUACAGGGCGAUCAACCUGCACAUCCCAGCCUCCAAAACUUAG